AUGAAUAUUUUACAAUAAAAAUCAAGUUAAGAACCCUAAGAGACGAUCUGUAAAGCUCACAACCUGGAAUUCAUUGCAGUUGACUUAGACAUGUCAGAUAAAUCAUAAAUUAAGUUCUUUUGUGGUAAGUGUUUAGUUGAUAAAUUAAAUAAUAAUAAAGUGACAACCAUUGAGUAGUCAAAGGAAAGAAUCUAAUAAAUAAAGACUUAAUAAAAAGAAAUACAGACUAAAGAGAAUUAAGCAAGACUCAGCUACUAUAAAAAUAUUUUAGAUUAAAUAAUGGAUUUUAAAAGGUCUAUGGAUGAUUCUUUAGAAAAGAUUCAUAAGUAUAUAUAAUAAUAUAUGUUUCCAAUUUAAAAAGAAAAAUAAGAAUUACAAGAAAAUUAAUAUCAAUUAAAUUAUUUUGAAGAUAUCAAAUAAUUGUCAGAAUUAUAUUCUAACGAUUAAUAGAAAUCAAAUAAAUUAAUUGAAGAUAAUCAUUUUGUGGAUGAAUUAACAAAAUAAUUUGAAUUAUUAUUUAAUAAUGCUGAAUAUUUUUAGACAUUAGAUACAUUUAAGAAUACAAAACAAAUUAUUUAAGAUCUAAUGGAAAAUAAUAUUAUUGAAUUACCACCAUUAUUAUAGACAAAAAAUGAAUAUGUAAUUAAUAAUUUAUAUAAUUAAUUUAAUAGAAAACACCAAGCUUAAAUAAAAUUUGUGUGAAUCAUAAAAAAGAAAUUAUUAUGAUUGAUAUGGAUUCUUAGUCUAAGAAAAUUGAAGAUAGAUUUGUUUGUGUUGAUUGUAUAUCUGAAAAUCCAUAAAUUAAAUAUUAAACAAUUGAAAAUAUAAAUAAAUAAUGGAUAGAUUACAAUUCAGAAUCUUACAAAAUAUUAUAACAAUAUAAAAAGGAAAGUAAAACUAAAAGAUGUGAUUUACUUACUUAAAUUGCUUAAAUGAGAAAAAAUUAUAAUUAAAAAUUAAAUGAAAUUAGUGAUAAAUUAAUAUUAGAAUAAUAAUAAUAAUAAUAAUAAUAAUAAUAAUAAUAAUAAUAAUAAUAAUAAUAAUAAUAUAUAACUAAAGAAUCAAAUUAAAUAAAAAAGAUAUCAAUAUAAUCUUUAGAUAAUGAAUAAUUAUUAAAAGAUUUAAAAUAAAUAAUUUAAAAAGAAAAAGUGAUAUAAAAUUAAACAAUAAUAAGUUUAAAAAAUAAAGAUUUAAUAUUUUAGAAAGAGAUAGAAAAUCAUUUAGAAUCAUUAAAAUAAUAUGAUUAAUUAGAUAUUUAAUAAUCAAUAGAUAUA